AUGCAGAGCGGGCAGAGCCUGGGCCUCCGCCUGCGAAAGCAGCGCCUCUGCCUGGUCUUCUUGCUGCUGCACCUCCUGGGCCAGGUCACUUUGGCUGAGCACUGCCCCUCACCCUGCCCGGGCCGGUGCCCCGCGACGCCGCCGUCCUGCGCCCCCGGGGUCCCCGCGGUGCUGGACGGCUGCUCCUGCUGCCUGGUGUGCGCCCGCCAGCGCGGCGAGAGCUGCUCCGAGCUGGAGCCGUGCGAGGAGAGCAGCGGCCUCUACUGCGACCGCAGCGCCGACCCUCGCGCCAAAAGUGGCAUCUGCAUGGUGCUAGAAGGAGACAACUGUGUAUUCGAUGGAGUCAUUUACCGCAGUGGAGAGACCUUCCAGCCGAGUUGCAAAUACCAGUGCACCUGCAGAGAUGGGCAGAUUGGCUGUGUGCCCCGCUGCAACCACGACCUGCUCCUGCCCCGGCCUGACUGCCCAGCUCCAAGAAAAGUUGAGGUGCCCGGGGAGUGCUGUGAAAAAUGGAUCUGUGACCCCGAUGAUGAGGGGGGAUUGGGAGGCCUCGCCCUACCAGCCUAUAGACCAGAAGCCACCCUAGGAGUUGAAGUCUCUGACUCGAGUAUCAACUGCAUUGAACAGACUACAGAAUGGAGUGCAUGUUCCAGGAGCUGCGGCAUGGGCUUCUCCACUCGUGUCACCAACAGGAAUCAGCAAUGUGAGAUGGUUAAGCAGACUCAACUGUGCAUGGUGCGGCCCUGUGAACAAGAUCCUGAGCAACCAACAGAUAAGAAAGGAAAAAAGUGCCUCCGCACCAAGAAGUCACUCAAAGCCAUCCACCUACAGUUCAAGAAUUGCACCAGCCUACAUACCUACAAGCCCAAGUUCUGUGGGGUCUGCAGCGAUGGCCGGUGCUGUACCCCACACAACACCAAAACCAUCCAGGUAGAGUUCCAGUGCUCCCCAGGGCAAAUUGUCAAGAAACCAGUGAUGGUCAUCGGAACCUGUGCCUGUCACACCAACUGUCCUCAGAACAAUGAGGCCUUCCUCCAGGAGCUGGAGCCCAAUGCCAGUAGUGGAGAAAUAUAA